CCGCCAAAGUAACAAGUAUCUUGCAGUUAUCCAUUCAGUUGGGCGACUAUAAAAAACAAGACUCCACCAAAUUUUAUAAAAAACUAGUGAAAAGGUCUUUAAAAAAAAAUAGAAAAAAACCUUUAACAUGGAGUCCCUGAAUGGCGACCUUUACACCCUGGAGGCGAACUUGGCGAGCCAAGCGCUCCGGGAACUGACAGAUGGCGCCGACAAGGAUCCCAUUACCAAGCUGCGAUUGCUAUGCUUCAGCCGCGGAGCAACAGGCAUUUUGGGACUGGGCAGGGCCUUUCGGGCAAUGGACGACGAUGGCAGCAAGGCGCUCAACGAGGAGGAGUUCAUCACCGGCAUAAGGGACACGGGCUUGGACGUCACCCAGGAGGAGAUUAAGCAGAUGUUUGCCACCUUCGAUGAGGACGGUAGUGGAUCCAUCAACAUGACGGAGUUCCUGCUAAAAUUGCGGCCACCGAUGCCACAAAGCCGCCUAAAUAUUAUUGAUCAAGCCUUCGACAAAAUGGAUCGCGAUGAUGAUGGUGUUAUUACAAUCGCAGAUCUUAAGAAUGUGUACUCGGUAAAGGAGCAUCCAAAGUACCAAAGUGGGGAAAAGUCCGAGGACGAGAUCCUCACUGAUUUUCUUCACAACUUCGAGGGAGGUCGUGGAAAUUUGGAUGGCAAGAUUACACGCGAGGAGUUUGUCAACUACUACGCCACCAUUAGUGCCUCAAUUGACAACGAUAUGUACUUUGAUUUGAUGAUGCGUCAGGCCUACGCAAUGUAAAUAGUGCACAAAUCUCACUAAAAUACAAGCACUCCACUAAAAUCUCAAUCACUUCACAAUCACUUGUCUAGCAUUUAGUACAGCUCAUGUCCUAUUUAUACACAGCUCAGAAAUUAAAUAAAAUUAUAUAAAUCUCAA